AUGUGGCGUUUAUUAGCCCUGUUUCUGGCCUUUUCACUGAGUAUUACAGAGACUUGUGCGAAGACUGUGACGGGAGCUUUCAAGAGCGAAGUGGCCAGGGAGAGGGACGGCCAGUUCAUCACUACGUUCAGGUUUGGAGGAGAGAGUGGGCUGCUGGUUUGCCGCUUGACGAACUCCGCUUUAGCCAUGGAGCAGGAGGCCAGACUUUUGCUGUUCCCAGAGAUGCCGCCGGACAUGGACCAACUCAGCUGCUCUCAAAAACUGGCACGCGCCCAGUUUACAAGUCAAACCCUCUCCAUCACCGCCUCCUCUAUCUCCCCCCUGGCUCUCACCCCGGGGGAGGCCCUGUCCCUGCUCUGCUCCGUGGCCGUGGAUAACCUCCCUCUGAUCGGCCUGGAGAUCACCUGGCUCUCCAACGGACGCGACCUCAUCACCAUGGAGAGGAACGGCGUGGUGGCGGCCAACGGCACCAACUAUAGGGCGGAUGCCAGCCUGGAGAGAGUGGCCCCGGGGCAGGUGCGUCUGGGCGUCAGAGGGGUCAGUAUCGAGGAUGCUGGUGCGUACGCGUGCCGUGUUCGCGCUUUUGUGGAGAAAGGAGGGCGGAGUUCUGGAGGAGGCGCACGAUGGCACAUGGCGGCAGAGAAGAUGUCCACCACCGUCAACGUCAAAGUGGCACAAAUCAAGCCCGGGUUCUCGUUGGUACUGGACCCUGUGGCGACUCCACAGUUGACCUCUGAGGCACUGGAGCUGUCGUGUCACGUGACCAACAUCACAAACCUGCCUGCGGGAGGGAGACUGGGCGUGACCUGGCAACACGGCCCGCUCCCUGGAGCAGGAAGUAAUCCUCAAUCUUCAAAUCUCAUCGGCACAUUGGACGCUAGCGGGAACCUUGUACCUGGAUCCACAUAUUCAGACCGACUGAAGACUGGAGCCAUAACUCUGACCAGAGUCCAGACCAACAUGUUUAAACUUAGAUUCCUCCGCACACAGGAGGUGGACAUGGGGCAGUACUCGUGCCUGGUCUCAGCCUGGACCGUGAACUCUCAGGGAGGAUACGUGAAAGCCAGCGAGCAGCAAAGCCCUGCCCUCCCGGUCAAAUGGGAACAAAAACGUCCGACUCUGAGCGUUGUGGCCAAAUCUCUGCGUGAGGCGUCGGUGGGCGGGUCGACAUUUGAGAUGAGCUGCACCAUGUCGACAGAGAAUCUCGGGGAGGCGGGGUUUUCAGUUCUCAUCCAAUCACAGGACAGCGUCGGCGCCAGCGUCAAAACCCUCAUGACUCUGAGCCCAGACAGCGUGGUGCAACACGGCGGCGCCACUGACCCCAAACGCAGAGAUCAGCUGGUUCUGCUGAAGUCCAGUGCAGCAGAUUUCCGGUUCCGUCUUGGCGGCGUGCAGCUCUCCGAUCGUGGACUUUACUGGUGCGACAUCACCGCGUGGACCAAACAGCAGCCAGGCCAGACCUGGACCAAAGCCACCAGUGCUGAGUCCAACAAGAUCAAGAUCGACUACCAGGAGAACGGUCCGUCCUUCUCCAUCGCUCUGCGCUCAGACACCACCACCGUGUUCCCCUGGGACACAGCGUCCAUGGAGUGUGCCCUGAGCAUCGCUGGAUCCUCUCCAAAAGCAGCCUCCAAACCGUCAUCCGUCUUCGCCUCCUCCUCGUUCGCCUCCAUCUGUCACCGCUCCCUCAGCGCCGCCGCUCUCAAACAUGUGCUUUUCAUUCUCACUCUGAACUGA